GACGUGUGUAGUGUAGCAUCGUGCUAGGGAGCACUCUUGUUUGUUUCAGCCAUAAUUUGAGCAAGUCAUCAAGAAGGUUUAAGGAAUUCCAGGGGAUGGCAUUUAGAGGGCGAGGACGAGGACGAGGUGGUGGUGGGUCCUUUCAGUAUGCCAAGCAAGAACCCUUCGAGCUUUUCCCAGAGAAUGUAACUCUACCCAACGUCAGUGAUAUACCUGAAGCAAAAGGCUUGGUUAUUUGUAACUCUAGGUUGCUGAACUAUUGGAAGGCCUCUCCUUUUUAUCUAGAGGAAAAUGUCAUGAAAAAGAUGCAAAAAACUGAGAUCGAGAGAUUUUCCGAUAGAACCAAGUCAAAUAGUACGUUGAAGCGCGAUUCCCUUGCACAAAUUCUACAGCUCACUUCGAGGAACUUUCCUGAAGAACUGGUUGAAGGUUUCAAAGGGAAGUUGCGGAGCAAACGAAAAGUUCAAUGGAAUCCCGAGUCAGGACUUACAAAACUGGACUUCCUUGAGAAGCGUGAAGAAUCUCUCAAGGGACAGAAUAAGGAUGAUAAAGAGAAAAAAGAAGGAGAAGGAGAAGAAGAUGAAGACGAAGAAGACGACGAUGCACAGUCCGAGGAACUCACCGAUGACGACUAUUAUCAGAACGAAUAUUUCGACGACGAUGAAGAUGAUUACAACAUGGAAGAGGAAGGCGGAGAUGAACCAGAAUAUUAAUGACCAUGGAAAGUGGUAGUAAGAUUUGGUGCUUCUUUCUCCCGCUCCAAGAGAAUAGUCAGAUUUUUUUUUUUUUUUUUUUUUUUUUUUUU